AUGACCCGCUCAGGCGAGGCGCAGAACCCUCCAGCUUCACCCUCCUCUACCCCCGAACAAGCUCCCGACCUCAGCAUAACUGCAGACGAUAAUGUACAUCUCCACGCAGCCGGCUACAAUGAGUCGCCGGAUCGUGGCCUCAUACACAGCUUCGCGCGCUUCCGCUCCUCGCCUCUGGACUUUUUACGCGAAGUAUCGCUUCAUUUCUCUGGAACAGGAUGGCGGUCCUUUGAUCACCACGUCGGCCAGCCAGAGUUUUACUCGGGCUUCAGCGAAGAUAUGAAGGGAAGGGUCCUGAGCAGCCCAAUGCUCAUCGCCAAAAUACGUGAGCUGGCGGACAAGAGAAUUGAGGUUGAGGUCAAGCAAGGAUUGCUAAAUGAUGACGACAGAAAGUCUAAGAGGAGAGCCGAGAUCGAAGAGUCACUCAUGCAGGUCAGCGAGGGCUGGACAGACUCGAUGAUAUGCAAAAUGGAGAGCAGGCCGUUCAUAAGAGGUGCAUACUACUUUGCAACUCAGCUCCUCACCAGGGCAUACCACCAGGGUGUUCAUGUUUCGAGCGAGGAAGUCCUGCGGUUACGCGCGGUAGCUGAAAAAGCAGCCAAGGACAAGCACUCGAUCAUAUUCCUGCCUUGCCAUCGCUCCCAUGUCGACUACGUUUCCCUACAGAUUAUCUGCUACAGGCUUGGUCUUGCGCUGCCCACCGUUGUAGCCGGUGACAACCUAAACUUCCCAGUUGUGGGUUCAUUUCUUCAACAUGCGGGCGCCAUGUGGAUACGACGGAGCUUCGGAGACGACCAACUGUAUAUCACGCUAGUUCAGGCAUACAUAGAUACUCUGUUGCGAUGUGGUUAUAACCUCGAGUGCUUCGUCGAAGGAGGCAGGAGUCGGACAGGCAAGCUUCUGCCACCAAAGUUUGGCAUUUUGAGUUACAUGCUGGAUAGUGUUGCCAGUGGCCGGGUAGACGAUGCCAUCAUUUGUCCGGUUUCAACACAGUACGACAAGGUGAUUGAGGUUGACUCGUAUAUCAGUGAGCUCCUCGGCCAGCCAAAGCCAAAAGAAAACCUCAUGGAUUUCCUGUCUGCUUCUUCCGUCCUCUCCCUCAAGCUUGGUCGUGUAGAUGUCCGUUUCCACGAGCCUUGGUCUCUCAAGUCAUUCAUCACCCAACAACGCGAUCGCUUCUCCAAACUACCCCAACAAAUCGAUACCAAAGAAGAUCGACUCCGUAUCCUCCGCACGCUGGGGUACAAAGUGCUAUCGGAAAUCAACGACGUCUCAGUAGUCAUGCCCACGGCGUUGGUUGGUACCGUCUUGCUCACACUUCGCGGUCGCGGUGUCGGCAAAACUGAACUUAUCCGACGCGUAGAAUGGCUCAGCGACCGAGUACGGGCCCAAGGCGGCCGUGUAGCACACUUUGGCAAUCUCCCCACCAGCGUUGUCGUCGACCGUGCACUUGAAGUGCUCGGCCCAGGACUUGUCGGUCUUGUACCCGAUCUCCCAGAAGACACAUUCUACGCCGUCGAUCGAUUCCAGCUCUCUUUCUACCGCAACAUGACCAUUCAUCUGUUCAUCUUGCAAAGUCUCGUCAGCGCAGCGCUAUACACACACGUCAAGCAAGGCGGCGGGCCCGAGUACCAACGCAUGUCAUACACCGAUCUACGUGCCCAAGUCCAUUUCCUCUCCCAGCUCUUCCGCGGCGAAUUCAUUUUCCCAACCGAAGGCCUCGACACCAACCUCUCGAAAACCCUCCUCGGCCUCGAAAAAGACGACGUCAUAACCCUAACUCGCUCUUCCCCAGAACCUUCCUCUUCAGAAACCCCCUCUUCCUCGUCUACCGAAUCGAAAAUCGAAUGGAUCCAGCUCUCCCCUACCGAACGCGCCCAAGGCCGCGAAAACUACGACUUCUACUGCUUCCUCAUCUGGCCCUUUAUCGAAGCCGCCUGGCUCGGCGCAAUAAGCCUAAUGAUGCUUACACCCCCUCUAUCCUCCUCAUCUUCCUCCUCCUCCUCCUCUUCAUCACCACCAACAACACCUCAGUCGCCAAAAUGGCUCGACCAAAAGAAAACCCAAGACCACGCCCAACUCCUCGGCAAAACCCUCUACCACCAAGGCGACCUCUCCUACUUCGAAGCCGUAAACAAGGAAACGCUGAAAAACGCCUACACGCGGUUCCAAGAGGAAGGCAUGAUUGUCGUGUCCCGCCCGCGCAACGGCGAGGGGUCCGCGAAGAAAAACAAGAAUGCGGCAGGGAUACGCUUGGCGGAUGAGUGGGUGCCGCAGCGGAAAACGGAUGGAACAGCGAGUAUCAUUGCGGAGGGCCCGUUGUGGCGGUUUGCAGAGAGGAUUAGUGCGAGUAGGCGGGAGGGUAAGAAUCGCCGGGAUGGAGCGACGGUGCAGAAUAGGGUUUUGGGGCUUGUGGAUGUUGUGGCCAAGGGGCUAUGGGAGGAUACGAGUGCGGUUGUUGAGGAGGGUGAAGGGGUGGGAGGAGGGGAGGGGCAAGGGGGAGAGACUAAGACGAAGAGUAUGCGGAAGAGGGGGAACAUGGCGAGGCUUUGA